AUGGGUUUCCGAGCCCCGGUCCCGGAGAUGGCGGCAGCGGCCUAUGACGUGGCCGCACUCGCCCUCAAGGGCUCGGCCGAGGCGGCACUCAACUUCCCCGACAUGGUCUCUUCGUACCCGACACCGGCAUCCACUUCCGCCGCCGACAUUCGCGUGGCCGCAGCCAGAGCCGCUGAGUUGAAGAAACCUAACCCGGACCUCGCCGAGGCGGAACCGGAUCGACCCGGAUCGGCGGCGACGGAGUUUGUUGACGAGGAAGAGUUGCUGAAUAUGCCGACUUUGCUGACGGAUAUGGCGGAGGGGAUGCUCGUGAGUCCGCCGAGGAUGCACGCGCCGUCGCGUCAUGACUCGCCGGAGAUUCAUGAAGGCGACAGCCUAUGGAGUUACAAGUGAAGCAGUUUUUAAUUUCAUUUUUAUUUUUUUUGUAUGCGGGAUUGUUAUUUUGGGGAAUGCUGUUCAGUCCGUUAAGUGGGUAUUAAAAUAUCAAAUGCGAUUAUAAGAAUAAUAAUAAUUAGGAUUAUGUGUU